CAUGUUCAAAGUUAAUAUACUGCACUUGUAAUGUUUGACCAUAGUGGCAGUUAACAGGCUGUUCCCAGAAGUACCAAUUAAGACAGCAGCAGGGUUGGACACAGACUGCUCUGUUUCUCACACCCUCACUCAGCUUCCUUUCCUAUUGGGCGAGGCUCGGACAGCUUCAGGCUGCUGAACAAAUACCUCAGGAGUGAAAAAGAAAAGCAAACAAGAAAGGCAGCAUUUCUCUUUUAAGGUUUGUAAAGAGUUUCUUCCUACUGAUUUUGAUCAUUUCCAGCCAUGUCUUCUGAAGGGAUACACAUCACUUUCACAGAGCUGAUUCAAAAGAAAAGAGAUGGGAAACAGCUGAGCAAGGAGGAAAUUAAUUUUUUCAUCAAGUCUAUCAAAAACAAGAAUAUGCAAGAGUGCCAGAUAGGUGCAAUGCUCAUGGCAGUUUGGCUAAAAGGGAUGACUGACGAAGAAACGUUGGCACUGACGCAGGAGAUGAUGAUGUCAGGAGAGGUUUUUCAGUGGCCAGCAGAGUGGAAGAAAUUUGUUGUGGACAAGCACUCAACAGGAGGUGUAGGUGACAAAGUCAGCCUGCUUCUGGCACCUGCACUGGCCGCCUGUGGAUGCAAGGUGCCCAUGAUCAGCGGUCGAGGGUUAGCUCAUACUGGAGGCAGUCUAGACAAACUGGAAUCUGUACCUGGAUUUAAUAUUAAUCAGAGCAGUGAACAGGUUAAAAAAAUUCUACAAGAUGUUGGGUGCUGUAUAAUUGGACAGACUGAGGACCUGGUACCUGCUGAUAUGGUCUUGUAUGCCGUAAGGAAUGCCACUGCCACCAUUGACAGCCUGCCUUUAAUCACAGGAUCAAUUAUUUCAAAAAAGGCAGCAGAGUCGCUUUCAGCUCUGGUCAUCGAUGUGAAGUAUGGGAAGGCAGCUUUCUACAAGGAUAUUAGCAGUGCCAGAGAGUUGGCACAGUCUCUGGUGACUGCUGGCAGUAAAUUGGGAAUACGCACUGGAGCUGUCCUUAGCAAGAUGAAUAAUCCUAUUGGGCAUUGCAUUGGCAACUCCUUGGAAGUAAUAGAAGCAAUUGAAUACUUAAAAGGUAGAGGCUCUGCAGACCUGAGGGAGCUUGUUGAGAGUCUUGGUGGUUACCUGCUUUGGCUCUGUGGAAUGGCAAACACAAUAGAUUGUGGGAAGGAGUUAAUUGUCAAUACUCUGAAAAAUGGGCAGGCUCUUGACAAAUUCCAGGCCAUGUUAGAAGCCCAGGGAGUUGAACAAAACACUGCCCGUUUCCUUUGUAAAGGAGAACCGGAUUACUUUACAGUUUUUAGGCGAGCCCAGCAUCAUGCUGAACUUAAGACAGAAAAGGAAGGGACUAUACUGGAGAUUAAUGGCCUGACCUUGGCAGAGGUGAUGUGUGAGCUGGGAGCUGGACGUACAAAAGUUGGCGAAGUGAUCAACCACAGUGUUGGGGCCGAACUCUUAGUUAGUGUUGGUCAGCAUGUGAAGAAAGGUGACAGCUGGGUACGAGUACAUUAUGACAUUCCUGCUCUGAAAGAGGACCAGAUAGCUCGUCUGCAGGCAGCCCUCACUAUUGGGAGCAGCACGGGAUUUGAUGAUUCCCCUCUUGUUACGGAGUUAAUUUUGCCAAAGUGAGGAACACAACUCGAUUCUGGAGAGAGAAGAGACCUGAAGACAGUUGCCAUACUGCUGUGAAACAGAAUUGCCCUUUCCAGGUUACAUAACGCAAUCUGAUAUAAAGUCGGAGAAAUUAAAAAAGGAUAAUCAGUAAUGUGCUUGUAGUAAAGUUUAAAAGCAUGUAGUAAUGAUAAUGUAUGCAUUAUAUUAUAGUAUAGUAUAGAUAUAGUAUAGAUUACAUUAGCAUAGAUCAGCUGUUCACACUACGUGACUUUGAGUCAGGGACAGGGAUUGAAUCGAUAAUCUUGUGGUGUAAAUUUGUAGUGUUUUAGUCAUGAUGCCCAUAUGCUGUAUGUUAGUUAAGAGAUAUGAAAAUGUCUAUACAGAUGGAUAUUGCAGUGAUGCAUUCUGAGCCUGGAUAAGUGAACUGGCUGCAUGUGGACACUUCUCAGUUCCUUGAGGAAUGGGGACCUUUUUCUUAACAUAAACUUCCCACUAUUCUGGCUUUGAUAAAAUGACAGGAAAGCUAAUGGGCAAAAGCAAUGACUAAAAAAUGAAUGAAUUGGGUAAACAUACAAUGGUCAAAAGACAGAAGACACACAAAGCCAAAAUACCAAAACCAAAAUCAUCAACCAAAGGCAGAUAUAACGGAAAAACAGACAAAAUUCCAAAAGAAUUUUUGAUAACUAACUAAAUAUACUGAAGGAUUUUGGUUUAUCCUGAAACAAAGUGUGUCAGCUUAAAGAGUUAUAUUGUGAUAUUUCAUUUCAUUUAAUCUGGCAAUCCAUUGUAGCAGCAUCACACCAAACACAAAGUGUUGGCGAAUGCAAUGCACUAUUUGUUGUUACAAAAUGGUGGUAUGUUAACAUCAUAAAUGUAAUAAUGAAACCUGGGAGUGGGAGUAGGUUGAAAAAAGACCAACAAGGAAGACCCUGACUAGCUUUGACCCUGUUACAUAUCUGACAUGGUAGUAUGACAUUUCUAAUAACCUGAUUCAGAUUUUCCCACCGAACAUACCAUUGAACCAAUUUUGUAGUUUGUAAUGGCCAAAAUCCAUGAAGAAAUUGAUCAGAAUGAAACUUCAUUCACUAUCUUCAAAUUAGAAAUUUUGUCAAACAGAAAUUGCCCGAUUUCCCCCACCUCGGACCCUCCACAAUGCUGGAAAAAAUACUGUUCAAUUUCGAGGAAUUAAACACUAUUUCCGCAUUAUAUAAAAUAUUAUUAGAGUCCCCUACCUUUCAAAGAUCCAAGAGGACAUUGGGAAGAAGAUCUCUUAGGUAGCAAAGCAGAGAAUUCACUUGAGUUCUAUAUGCGCAAAGCAUAGAAUUAUUCAACUAAAAAUUAUAUAUCGAGCUCAUCUGUCUCGCUUAAAACUGUCCAAAAUGUUUCCAGGGCAGGAUCCAACCUGCAAACGCUGCAACCAAGUUCCUGCCUCACUGGGUCACAUGUUCUGGGCCUGCACCAAACUAACAUCAUUUUGGACAAAAGUUUUUAAGUGCCUUUCAGACAGCCUCGGUAUCACAAUCCCUCCUAACCCAUCAAUAGCUGUGUUUGGUGUUCUUCCAGAUGGACUUGAAUUGGAGAAGGACAAGCAAACGGUGAUUGCAUUCACUACACUUUUGGCACGCAGACUUAUUUUGUUAAAUUGGAAGAAUCCUAAUUCUCCUCUGAUAAGUCAGUGGGAAAUUGAUGUUUUAUAUUAUUUGAAAUUGGAAAAAAUCAAAUUCUCAGUUAGAGGCUCUGUACAAAAUUUUUUCAAAACCUGGCAGGAUUUAAUCAAUAUUAUUUUAGAAUAAGAGAAAUAACUAUUACCGCAUUUAAUUCCCUUCUCCAUCUCUUAUUUACAUAGAUAUUUACUUCUCCCUUUCUUUUGUUUAAUGUUGCCUUAUUAAAAAGCCCUAAGCAAUUUUCCUUUAGCUAAGCUCUCCUUCUCAGGGGUGGGGUUUGAUUUGUCUCCAAUUUUGUUGGGUUAUAAAUUGAUCUAUUUGUAUGGAAUGAUUACAAUGAAAAUGAAUAAAAUAAAAAUAUAAAAAAAAAAAAGAAUGAAACUUCACUUCAAACAGAAUCUGGCAUGAAAGCUUUAACCACUAGGUUAAAAAAAAAAAAAAAGCUUUCUCAUAAUUGCUUGAUUUUUCUACAGCUGCAAAUAGUAAAGAAAUAAUAUCCUCAAGAUGGUCUACAACUGUUGCUACCAAGACUUUUUCAGCUGGUAUAACAUUUUCAAUGCUCUCCUGAUGAUUCAUUGCUAUCAGAUUACCGGGGCACAACAUCUGCUUAUUUGUUUUUGCCCCAGGAAUGGCAUAAAGUGACAAAAUGGAGAGAGCUAAAAAAUAAGCCUCAUCUAGUUUGACCUAAGAAUUACAAUGUUUGGCUAUUUUUAAACACACUCAAUGUAAGGAUGUUUUAACCAUCCCAGCCAGUGGUGCCAGUCUUAAAAUAUUUUUAUUGCUAAAAUUUCCUGGUUCUUCAUAUCAUAAUUCUGUUUAAUAUGACUGAGCUUCCAAGAAAAAAAACUCACCGGAUACAAUGGAUGGAUCAUGAAAGCCACCAUGUAAAGCUGAUAGAUAGAUAGAAUAUUACAUAAAAAUUGGCCUAAAUAAUAUAAUGAUAGAUAGAACAAAUGAUUUGUCCCCAGGACAAAUAAAUAAAGGGAAAUAAAUAAAUUGAAAUUUGGCUUUUUUACAUACAUAGGUAGAUAAGUAAAUAAAUAAAUAAAUAAUAAAAUAUACACACAUGCUAUGGUCUGAACACACACCGGAAUGACUUGGCUGUCACCAUCCCAUUGAAGCCCUAUGUAGGCGUAUUUCCCAAUGCCAGGGAAUCUCUUAGAAAAGAUGGUACUUACAUUAAUCUUGGAAGUGUCAACCUUGAUUUUGAAAUGUAAUGAGACAUCUGGAUAAUAAAAUUUAGGUGCUGAUGUACACAAUGUAUUUUGAAAAAUCAAAUCAUUCCUUAGCUGUCGGAGUCUUAUUGGAAUAUUUUUUUUAGUUAAGGCAGUAAUUGGUGGAAUCAGAAAUAAAGUUUUAAUAAAUCAUUAGGAGUCAUUUGUGACGCAGUCAAGCUGCCCUUGUGUUACAUUGUCUGGAAACUUUCAAUUUAAAACAGAAGCAGUUUUUGAUAGGUCUAUUCUUAUACCUGAUCUAAAAACUUCAUAGUGCAGAAGAUAACUAGUUUUCCAAUUUUAAAAAUAAAUUGUUUUUAUUUUUGGAGACACAAAGAUUUUUGUUUAUGUAUAAAACUAGUUGCUCCAUAUCGCAAGGGGAAAAAAAGAUAUAUCAUCAAUAUACAGUGCUGUUACUAAAUUCUGUUUUAGAUUCACCCCCUCCCUGAUCUGAAUUUAAAUUAUAAACACUUCUUAAAGGAAUACUACAUCUAAGAUUGAUCAUUUUAUAAUUUGUUAGUCAUCCCAUGUGGUUCUGUAGUGAUGGUCAAGAAAAAUGUUUUAUCUCAUAUUUUCAUUUAGAAUAAAGAUAAUGUUAUGUAAUGAUAAUGUACUCUGUGUGGCGACUCCUGCCAGUCAUUACACUUGGCAUAAGAGGUGCUCAGUUUGCAGGACCCAUAUACAGUAUUUAAUGUGCUUCUUUAUUUACAUGGGUUAUGGGCGAUACUUGUAAAACCUUGAGAUGGAGUUUAUGAUGUUCUUAGUGUUAUGUUUCAAGUCACAAUUAAUUUGGUUUGGAUAAAAGUUUAAAUGCUUUAAUUAUUUAACUUGAUUUGAAUGCUGAAGCAAGUGAAUACUGCCACAGGUGAGAGGUUAAAUUCUUGUGUUUUAAUUAACUCAGUUUUAAGUACAAUUUUUAAAAACUCCAUUUCAUGUUAACAAAUGUGUUGUACCAUAUAUUUUAUUUUAUGCUUUUUGGAAAUAUCCAUCCUU